UUCAGCUCAGACAACAAGAUCGAGAGGGAAAAAAGCUCUAAACUUUUAACAGUUUCGGCUCAAAUUUUCGGUCACCCAACUCACAUACAGACUCCGGUCCCGCUUUUCCGACGGCUUUUUCCAUAGGUCACGACCAAGUAAGCUCGAAGAAGCAAAACCCAGUCGCGCUGAGCUUGCAAUCAGGGAAGAGAGAGGAGAAAAGGGGGUAAUCUUAGGGUUUUGGUGAGUAGUAGAGGAAGGAAAUGGCGAAUCAGGGAGCUAAGAAGCGCAAGGAAGAGAACGCCCGCCACAUGGCUAAUCUCCUCCGCAUCAUCAUCGCCUGCAAUGCCAUAUAUAUUGUGGUGAGGCUGCUUGUUUUCCGUUCGAGCUUCACAUGGAAGCACUGGAUUGGCCUGGCCUUGACAUCUCUUGCGUAUUACUUGCCUUACCAACAACUUGCUUCAAUGGCGAAGCCUAGUUAUGGAGAUGAUGGGGAGCUUUUCGAUGGUGGGUUUGAUAUGAGCACUGGUGGGAUAUGUGGCUAUCUUCACGAUGUUAUCUACAUCACCAGCUUUGUGCAGAUUGCUUCCAUACUGUCUGAUAAGUUUUGGUACACUUAUCUUGUGAUACCGGCAUUUGGAGCAUACAAAUCUUCUGGAUUGAUCAAAGGAUUACUGUCACAAUUCAUGCCACAAGGCUCAGGGGGAGCUGAAGAGGAUGAGAAGACUCGUAAGAAGAGAGAAAAGAUGGAGAGGAAAGCUUCAAGAGGCAAGUUCGUGAAGACAAGAACCCGGUGAGAUUAGAUGAAGCGGAGUCCUCUUGGAAAGGACAGGCUGACAAUUUUAGGCAAAGAAGACUAGAAGCUGCAUAAGCUAGUCUUCGUUUGCUAAAGAGGGGGGAAAUUUGGUAGAAGAUGGAAGACCAGAGUCCAAGACGGAGACAGAUCAUCGAAACGGAUGCUCAUCUUCCUCCAGAUGGCAAUAGUAAUGUUGGGGGAAACAAGAUUUGUGCAGAGGCACCUUGUGGCUUCUCUGAUGCACUGAGCAGCAAUUCGGAAGAAGCCAGAGAACGAGCAGCUUCGAUGCGGAAGCUGCUGAUGGCAGUCGGGUUCUGUGUGGUUUUCAUGGCUGUUGAAGUCGCCGGAGGGAUCAAGGCGAACAGUUUAGCUAUACUGACCGAUGCUGCGCAUUUGCUUACAGAUGUUGCGGCGUUUGCCAUCUCGUUGUUCUCUCUGUGGGCUGCUAGUUGGGAGGCCACUCCGCGCCAGUCGUAUGGGUUUUUCAGGAUCGAGAUUCUUGGCGCGCUGGUGUCAAUGCAGAUCAUUUGGCUGCUCACUGGGAUUAUCGUGUAUGAAGCCAUUGUUAGGCUCGUUUAUAACACAGGUGAAGUGGAUGGCUUUCUGAUGUUUUUGGUUGCAGCAUUUGGUCUGGUGGUGAAUAUUAUCAUGGCGUUUUUGCUGGGCCAUGAUCAUGGGCACGGCCAUGGUCACGAUCAUGGCCAUAAUCACGGCCAUGGUCAUCAUGAUCAUGGUCACAAACACGAUCACGAUCACGAACACGAUCACCAUCACGAACAUGAGCACAGUCAUGAGGAUUAUCAUGAUCAUUUGGAAGAAGGGCACCAACAUGUUCAUGAAGAGAGUGCAAAGCCACUGCUAGACAAUAAGGAAAAGGGAGAGAAGAAGAAGAAAAAGAACAUAAAUGUUGAGGGAGCUUAUCUUCACGUUCUUGGUGAUUCCGUCCAGAGCAUAGGAGUAAUGAUUGGAGGAGCAGUCAUUUGGUACAAGCCUGAAUGGAAGAUUGUCGAUCUAAUAUGCACCCUAGCCUUCUCAGUUAUAGUUAUGGGCACGACGAUCAAGAUGUUGAGAAACGUUCUGGAAGUCUUGAUGGAGAGCACGCCCAGAGAGGUUGAUGCAACAAAGGUUGAGAAAGGGAUUCUGGAGAUGGAAGAAGUGGUGGCCAUCCAUGAGCUGCAUAUAUGGGCCAUCACGGUUGGCAAGAUCCUCUUGGCUUGUCAUGUUAAAAUCAGGCCAGAAGCAAACGCCGACGCCGUACUGGACAAUGUCAUAAACUACCUCAAGAGGGAAUACAACAUCAGCCAUGUCACAAUCCAGAUAGAGCGUUAAUGGUGGAGGGGAGUCAAUUCAGCUCACCUGACCUGUUGUCUUGAUUGAAAGAUUUGAGCUUUGAGAAAACCCAUGUUUUGAGUAAAGCUUGGAUCUUGAAAUGCUUCAGAAAUGAAGGAAAGCUCGAUGGGUUCUCGAGUUUGUAGCCAAAAGGUGCAAUCUUUACCGUUUACAAACACAGGGCUUUGAGGCGAAAGGGGAAGAUGUAAUCAGAACUAAAAUUAAGUUUGUACCUUGCUGGUGGUUUGAUUUGUGAAUUGCAGAGGCAGAAAAAUUCUCUGUUUCAGCUGCUUGUGCACAUCCUCUAAUCAUGAGUGGUUUCUUGGAUUAACCACUAGGCCAAGUUUGUUACAAAUUUUCCUAGUUUAUUUUCCAUGUUUGUUACAAUUUUACAUAUGCUUUUCCACCUACUAGAUUCAAAUCCUUAAUCUUAUUUCUGUCACUGAGAUCUACCAAAAUUGGCCAUCCGAUUAAUAGGCCCAACCAAAAAUUACAGACUGGUCCACACU